AUGCAUUUUGUUUAUGGUGAAACAAAUAGGAUCCUUAGACAAGCCUCUUGGGAACAACAAUGUCAGCAACCACAACCCCCAACUGAUGAACCUGUUUUCUUUGUUGGUGAUUUUAAUGCUCUCUUAGGACAUGAGGAUAAGAAUGGUGGGCUAUCUCUUGAUGAUGAUGAUUUCUUUAGUCUUAGGAACUUUUGCAAUACCUUUAACUUACAUGAUCCUGGAUUUUCUGUCCCUAGAUUCACUUGGUCUAAUAUGCAACAGGACCCUGACCUUAUUCUGGAAAGACUUGAUAGAUGUUUUGUUAAUCCUAUUGAUGAGACUUUAUGCCCUAAAUUGUGUGUUAACAAUCUGCCUAAAGACUCUUCUGAUCAUUGUCCCAUGCAUAUAGGUUUUAAUUAUGAGGAUGUUUAUAAAUUUCUUAGUACUAAAAAGGGUCUAAGAGAUUGGAAUAAAAAUUCAUUUGGUAAUAUUCAAACCAAUAUAUCUACAAUAAGGAAAGAGAUACAUGAUGUGCAAAUAUCUAAUGCCACUGACUCUAGCACUACUUCCAGACUCAAGAAUAGGUUGGAGUAUCUCUAUAAUCUUGAAGAACUUUAUUGGAAAGACAAAUCUAGAGAGGUUUGGUUAUUGGAAGGAGAUAUGAACUCUCCUUACUUCCAUAGAAUUACUUUGUAUAGAAGAAAGAGGAAUGCUAUUAGCUGGAUCAAGAAUGCAGCCAAUGAUAUUCUAACUGAUAGAGCUAGCAUUAGUGAUUCUUUUAUAGAUUAUUUCAAAAACCUUUAUUCCUCACAUCCUCAACAAUUUCAGGAUGAGAUUCUUCAAUCUCUCCCUCCUAAAUUCUUUGAAGAGAAUUAUUCCAUUCUGAAUCUCCCUCUUACUCCUGAGGAGAUAAAGAAUGUUGUUUUUCAAAUGGUGGUGGGGGAGAAAGCUCAAGGACCUGAUGGGUUUACUGGUUUAUUUUAUCAAAAACUUUGGGAUAUUGUGGGUGAGGCUGUCAUUGACAUGACUCAGACUUGUUUUAGAACUGGGCAUAUAGGAAAAGUUAAUAACCACACUAAUAUAUCUCUCAUUCCUAAAGUCCCCCUUGCUGAACUUGUCACUCAAUAUAGACCUAUAGGACUUUGCAACUUUGUGUAUAAAAUCCUCUCUAAAACUUUGGCUAAUAGAUUAAAACCUUUCAUGAAUAACAUUAUAUCCCAACAACAAAAUGCCUUUAUACCUAAGAGGAGUAUUUCUGAUAAUAUUCUUCUGGUUAAUGAGGAUAUAUAUGUUGUUAACCAUAAUGAUAAAACUGAGGGUAUAGAUGCCAUUAAAUUAGACAUCUCUAAAGCCUAUGACAAGUUGGAAUGGCCAUUCCUACAAGAUGUCUUAACCAAAAUGGGUCUUUCUCUUCAUUGGAGAGGUUUAAGGCAAGGGGACCCUUUGUCCCCCUACCUGUACAUUAAGUGCUCUGAAGCUCUCUCUGCUUAUGUUGAUAGUCUUGCCAAAAAAGGUGAUUUAGAUGGUAUUAAGGUUUGCAAAAAUGCACUUGAGAUGACACAUCUUCUUUUUGCUGAUGAUUCCAUUCUCUUCUCCAAAGCUACUGCCAAAAAACUUCAAACCAUAAAGGACGAUCUCCAGAAAAAUUGCCUUGCUUCGGGUCAAGAAAUAAACUUUGAGAAAUCUAGCAUUCUUUUUAAUAGCAAAAUACCUGAACAUAGGAAAGCCAUGCUUGCCAGUAUUUUAGAAAUUGAAAUAGGGAUUUAUGAGAGAAGUAUCUGGGAACUCCCACAGUGUUCCAAGCUUCUAAAAUCCAAAUCAUAUGGGGAUCCUCCAAGCUGUGGAUGCCAGAAUCUCUUUGUGGCUGCAAAAACUUGGAGGUGUCUUCAUGCUAUUAAAGAAAUUAUCAAACCUUUUGUUUCCUGGAUUGUGGGGGAUGGUAAAUUUAUUGACUUUUGGUGUGAUAAGUGGAUACCUUCUGUUGGAACUGCUACCCCAAAUCCUCUUGUUCUUUAUGACCCUAGAAUUAAAGUUUCCUACUUCAUUAACCCUAUCUCUACAACCUGGGACAUUAACAGGUUAAACACACAUUUUGAUAAUGCUUCUAUUCAGAAGAUUAUCAACAUUCCCUUAAGCCAGCUUUGCACUCCUGGCAGGAGGGCUUGUGAUCUCACUAAAGAUGGUAAAUUUACUUCUAAGUCUGCUUAUUUGGGUAUUAAUGGUAUUACUCAUUCCCCUUGUAAGAAUCUUUGUCUAAGAAUUUUGAAGAUUAGAGUGCCACAUAGGAUUCAAAUUUUCCUAUGGAGAGCUGCUAGGAAUGCUAUGCCUUAUAGAACUAUCCUCCAUACUGGAAUGCCUAUGUUGUCUAUUGAAUGUGCUAGAUGUUUACAUCCCCAUGAAUCUGUCAUGCAUGCCUUGGUUACUUGUCCUUUUGCUAGUCAUGUCUGUAGAAAUAACCUCAUUUUUCAAAACCAAAAAGAAAACUAUAGAGCAGUCAUCCAUAAAGCUAAGGCGAUGCUGCUUACCAGGAAAAACAAUCAUAUCAUCAAUCUUGCUACCAUUAUCAGUUUAGGUGAAAAAUGGGUACCCCCUUUUCUUGGUUGGAUCAAAUGUAAUACUGAUGGUGCUUAUGAUGAAUUAUCUGGAGAAAAUGGUGCAGGAUAUAUGAUGAGAAAUUCCUUCUGCAAAGCCUCUCUAUGUGCAACACUGGUGUUUCAUGUUCAAUCGACAGAGGAAGCAGAAGCAAGAGAAAUUUGGUCAGGUCUACAGAAAGCUUUGAAGGAAAAAUUCACCCACAUCAUCAUUGAAAGUGAUGCCAAGAACUUGAUAGACAAGUUCUCUGCAGGAUAUUUUGAUGGAGACAGCCGCACUGAUGCUAUCUUCAAAGACAUUCAGUUCUUUUCUUCUCAAUUUGUAGAAUGUAUUUUCAGUUUUCAACCUCGUAGUUGCAACAAUGUAGCUCAUGAACUUGCUAAAUGGGAAAAAAACAACAAUUCUACCAUGUACUGGUCUGUGCCUCCUGUUUGGUUACUUCCAACAGUUGAGGGGGAUCAUUAG